AUGACCGCCCUCCAACGACAGCUAGACUCAGGCGCCGUGCCUAACCACAUAUCCAAUGUCUGUCCCGAAGGCACCAAGAUGUAUCUCCUCGAAGUCGGCUGGCUUGAGUGCGAUGAAGGCUUCGUGACUCGAGGCGGCAACACGAGCUUGAAGAGCACCGAGGACAAGACUUUCGUCAACAAGCGUCGCGAGCUGCCCAUGUACUGCGUGUUGAUCGACCACCCUCACGAAGGAGUCAUCUUAUGGGAGACUGGCUGCGGGAAAGACUAUCCGGAGGUAUGGGGAGCUCAGGUCGCGGACGUCUUUGCACGUGUGCGAUACGAGCCCAAGCACGAGCUUAAGGCGGCUGUUGAAGCUACGGGCCACAAGCUUGAAGAUGUGAAGAAGAUUAUUCUUGGCCACAUGCACUUGGACCAUGCCGGUGGGCUUGACAUGUUUCUAGACCGGAAAGACGUCGAGAUCUGGGUACACGACAAGGAACUCCGCUCGGCGUUCUGGUCCGUUGCGACUGGCGCAGAUGUGGGGGUAUACUUGGAACACUAUAUGAAGCUGAGCCUAAACUGGAAAACAUUCGAUGAGCGGACAAUGGACUUCUGCCAGGGCAUCACCCUGCAUCAUCUUCCAGGACACACAGACGGGCUCGUCGGCAUGCAAAUCAACCUGCGCGACAGUGGCACCUACCUCUUCAUCAGCGACCACUGCCACGUGAUUGAGAAUUGGCGCGACGGUGUGCCUCAAGGUUGGCUUGCCAGAGAUCAUCCGGCAUGGUUCCAGAGUACUCAGCGACUCAAGCGCCUGGAAAAGACGACACGGGGACGCGUGAUACCUGGACACGACAAGGAGACUUUCCUUCAGCUGCAGAGCGAGGGCACGGGUUCUGAAUGCAUGUUCACCUAA